UGUCCCUUCACAUUCCUCACAAGGCCUCUCAUUCUAUUGAGACUGGCUAAAUAACCUGCCGUCGUCACACAAGGCAGUCCACUCCGGCACUUGCUCAUCGCGACUUCCCUCGAGCGUGUUGUCCCUCACGCUUCGGACGCGUUAAAUAUCGUCUCCCAUCCUUCCCUCUCUAGGUCACCACAAUGCGUUCCAUUCUCCAGCCUCUCGCUGGACGCACUGUGUUUGCACCAAUUGAAACAAUCGUCUUCUUCGCCAUCGUCGGAACUCUCGCAUACUUCCAGGUCCUUUCAGCAAUUAAGCACUCUUCAUUCUUCGCUCCCGCCGUUCCUUCAACACUCCGUCCAGCCCAUGCAUUACUGCGUGAUGGCGAGUGGGUCGGCGUCGAUGAAGACUGGUAUUUGAAACGCGUUAAAACAUCAGAUUCCCGUCCAUUGGAAUUACAGCAAUUAAUAUUUUCAUUAGAUCCUGCUCAGUCUUCGGUUCCAGUCACUGCAGACUCCGCACCUGUCGACCUCGUAUCAUUAUCACAAUCUAUUGACAAUAUCACGCACCAUAUAGCUCAUGAGUUCUCUACCCCAUCAGGCGAGACGUACACAUCCCUGUGCUAUUAUCCAGUGACCGGUGAAUCCUCGUUACCCGCUUCAUGUUUUACCACCGCAUCCCUCCAGACCUCCCGGUCGAAGAUGGUCACCCUGUCUUUUGCUGCUGGUGCUAGCGAUGCAUUUGUAGAUGCGCUGAACCAUCAACCCGGUUUCCCGGCUGAUGAAUCUGGAGUCAGAUACCAAAUAGAGAGCCACGUCACAGAGACCAUCGGUGAAAUGGAAGGUGGUAAAUGGAUGGCCUACGCUGCACGCGCCCUUAUUGUGCGAUUCUGGGAGCUUACCAAGAAAGCGGAUUCCCUGGACAUCUUGCUCGUCCUCGUUGGUUACAUCCUCAUGCACGCGUCAUUCAUUCGUUUGUUCUUCUCAGCUCGCGCACUUGGUUCCAACUUGAAGCUUAGCAUUGCAAUCAUGUCAUCAUCCAUCCUCGCAUUCAUGCUCGCUCUCCCCAUCUCCCAUUACCUUGAGAUUCCUUUGGAUCCAAUUAGUCUCACCGAAGCUCUGCCCUUCUUUGUCUGCACAGUUGGCUUCGAUAAGCCCCUCCGUCUUGCCGCUGCUGUAUUCAACCACCCUCAUCUGUUAUCUCCCGUUAAAGAGGGCAGGUGGCGUGGCCAGAUGAAACCCGCCGGUGAAGUAGUCAUGGAAGCAAUCGAAAACAGCGGUAAUGCCAUCUUGCGCGAUUACGCCCUCGAGAUCGCAGUCCUUUCCAUGGGAGCGAAAAGCAAAGUUGGUGGUCUGAAGGAGUUCUGUGCGCUUGCAGCGCUGACCCUGACAUUGGAUUGUGUUCUAUUCGGCACCUUCUAUGCCGCGAUGUUGGCAAUUAUGGUCGAGGUCCGGAGGAUUAAAGCUGCUCGUGACAUGACGAGAUCCCGGAGCUCAAAUAAUCUGACUGAACGCAAACCAAGUGCCCUUGUCCGUUCACUUCCUCAAGCCCAGGACGCUAGCCUGAGCCGUCAGCUCUCAGAGAGCCUAUUGGGUGUUAAGGGUUCUAUGCUCAGACAGAAGAACAGCCCACCACCAGAAGUUAAGGAAGAGAACCCCCUCGCACGUCUGAAGCUUCUUCUUAUCGCAUCCUUCCUGACGCUGCACAUUCUGAACUUCGCAACGACGCUCACACCUGCGACCAUCACCAGAUACCAGACUCAGACCCUGAUCGACUCUGCAGUACGCGAGAGCACGGUGUCACAUAAAGUUGACAUUACCUCUCCUGCCAUUGCAGGCGUGCUUGCCAACCUUGCCGCUAUCGACGUGUCUCUUCAGGUAGAAGUAGACAACAUAUCCGCACCUGCAGAUCUCCUUGUCAAGAUUACCCCGCCCUUGUACAUCCGUGUCACGCCACCAGGUCCAGUUCGUCCCCGUGCACUAUUCAGAUCUACUGAGGCCGUUGAGAACUUUAUGACUGGUUGGACAACACUCGUGGGCGACCCCAUUUUGUCAAAGUGGAUCGUCCUUGUCCUCGCUGUCAGCGUCGCACUCAAUGGUUACCUUCUCAAGGGCAUAGCUGAGGGUGCCAUGCGUGGACUGCAGCCCAACAAUGUGCGCUUCAGGUCGGUCGUUGCUGAGAAACGCGAGCAGGAUGAUGAGGAGAUUGUGACACCUGGAGUCAAGGCUGCUGGUGCACGCAGACGGUCAUCGUUCGUGGUUGGUGAUUCGAAGCCGCCUUCACCAAGUUCUUCAGAUUCCGAGAGGCCUAUCCUCCGUCCCCUUGCUAUCCGUCCUAUGCGUGUUGUUGCACCCAUUGCAAUUCCCGCUGCCACUGGCGUGUCUGCACACAUGCUUGACAUGAAGCUUCGCGCACAAGCCUUGUCUGCACCUGCACCAAGAGAGGACCAGCCACUUCAGUUCCCUGUCCGAUCUCUGGAGCAGUGCAUUGAGGUGUUUGAGAAUGGGCCUCGUCCUGCGUCGGCGGCUCUUGCGACGCUCAAUGACGAGGAGGUUGUCAUGCUCGCACAGAACGGGAAGAUUGCGGCGUAUGCGUUGGAGAAGGUGCUUGGUGAUCUUGAGCGGGCUGUGACCAUCCGUCGCGCAUUGAUCUCUCGUGCAACUGACACCAAAUCGCUUGAGUACUCGGAUAUCCCCAUGCACAACUAUGAUUACUCUCGUGUCGUUGGCGCGUGCUGUGAGAACGUUGUCGGUUACAUCCCUAUUCCUCUUGGUAUCGCCGGCCCUCUCAACAUCGAUGGCGAGAUUGUCCACAUUCCCAUGGCUACCGCCGAAGGCACACUCGUGGCUUCUACUUCCCGUGGUUGCAAAGCUCUCAAUGCAGGCGGAGGUGUUACAACUGUCCUCACCAAUGACGCCAUGACGCGUGGACCUGCGAUCGACUUCCCUUCCAUUGUUAUGGCUGCAGAGGCUAAGGCAUGGAUUGACUCUGAAGAAGGCUUUGAGAUCAUCCGUGAGGCAUUUGAGUCGACGUCACGUUUCGCUAAGCUUCAACGCCUCAAGACUGCCAUGGCUGGUCGUACGCUCUUCGUCCGGUUCGCAACACGCACUGGUGAUGCUAUGGGCAUGAACAUGAUUUCCAAGGGUACAGAGAAGGCGCUCGAGGUUGUGCAGAAGUAUUUCCCGGAGAUGAUCACGCUUGCUCUGUCGGGCAACUACUGCACAGACAAGAAACCUGCUGCUAUCAACUGGAUUGAGGGACGCGGAAAGAGUGUAGUGGCUGAGGCUGUUAUCCCUGGAAAGGUUGUCAAGAGCGUGUUGAAGACCACGGUUGAGGCGCUCUGCAAUCUCAACACGAAGAAGAACUUGGUUGGCAGUGCUAUGGCGGGCUCGAUUGGUGGCUUUAAUGCACAUGCUGCAAAUAUUCUCACUGCGAUUUUCUUGGCUACUGGUCAGGACCCUGCGCAGAACGUGGAGAGUUCGAAUUGUAUGACCCUCAUGGAACCAACUAACGAUGGUGAAGAUCUCCUUAUGACUGUAUCCAUGCCCUCGAUCGAGGUCGGCACUGUUGGUGGAGGUACUGUUCUCGGACCCCAGGGCUCCGUUCUCGAGAUGCUGGGGAUCAAGGGUGCACACUCCACCACUCCCGGCCACAAUGCACAGCGCCUUGCUUGUAUUAUUGCUGCUUCCGUCAUGGCCGGUGAGCUCUCGCUGCUCAGUGCUCUCGCCGCCGGCCACCUUGUCCGUGCACAUCUCGUCCACAACCGCUCCCAAGCCAAUACCCCAACGUCAUCACGGCCCGUUACCCCUGGACUCAUUGCCAGUGACAUCGUUUGGGAGCAGAAGACCGCUGAGAAAAGUCUCGGACCACGGUCUGAUCCUGUGCUCACGCAUUCAUUAUCGACGACAUCAUUACCCCCGUACACAGCAAACCCGGAGACCGAGAUCGAGACUAAGCCAUCUCAGUAGCUGCAGGAGCGGUGCUGGCUGACCGCGUCUCCGUGAUACUGACUGAUUUCGAGACUGACGAUCAUCAUUAUUUCUUUUAGACUAUGUCUCAUACUCAUCUACCUACAUCAAUAUUUUUUUCCAUUGCUUUCGCUCAGCAUCUAGACGGAAAAUAGCUAUAGGGUCUUUAUCUUUGUAUAUUUGUAGUUAGUUGGCUUAUACUACGUAGCGACCGCCUUUAUGUUGUGCGUUCAAUGAAUACCUCGUGAUUGACUUA